AUGCUAAAACUAAUUAUUCCCACUAUUAUACUACUACCUCUAACAUGACUAUCUAAAAAACACAUAAUUUGAAUUAACACAACUACCCACAGCCUAAUUAUUAGCCCAAUCCCACUACUAUUCCUCAGCCAAGCCAACAACCUAUUUAUCCACUCCCCAUCCUUUUCUUCCGACCCCUUAACCACACCUCUCCUAAUACUGACAACCUGACUACUCCCUCUCAUAAUCAUAGCAAGUCAACACCACCUAUCCAACGAAUCCCUCCUACGAAAAAAACUAUACCUAUCUAUACUAAUCACCCUCCAAGUCUCACUAAUCAUAACAUUCACCGCUACCGAACUAAUGAUAUUUUAUAUCCUCUUUGAAACCACACUCAUCCCCACCCUAAUUAUCAUCACUCGAUGAGGCAAUCAACCAGAACGCCUAAACGCAGGCUCAUACUUCCUAUUCUACACCCUAGUAGGCUCCCUCCCCCUACUCAUCGCACUUAUCCACACCCACAACACUCUAGGCUCACUAAACAUUAUACUACUAACCCUCUCCUCCCCGAGCUUAGCAAACUCUUGAUCCAAUAAUAUUAUAUGACUAGCAUGUGUAAUGGCCUUCAUAGUAAAAAUACCUCUUUACGGACUCCACCUAUGACUUCCCAAAGCCCACGUCGAAGCCCCCAUCGCCGGCUCAAUAGUACUCGCCGCAGUACUCCUAAAACUAGGCGGCUACGGCAUAAUACGACUUACCCUCAUUCUCAGCCCACUAACAAAACACAUAGCCUACCCCUUCUUAAUACUGUCCCUAUGAGGCAUAAUCAUGACAAGCUCCAUCUGUCUACGACAAACAGACCUAAAAUCCCUCAUCGCAUACUCCUCCGUAAGCCACAUAGCCCUUGUAAUCGCAGCCAUCCUUAUUCAAACCCCCUGAAGCUUUACAGGUGCAACCGUCCUCAUGAUUGCCCACGGACUAACUUCCUCCUUGCUAUUCUGCCUUGCAAACUCAAACUAUGAACGAACCCACAGCCGCACCAUAAUCCUAUCUCGAGGACUUCAAAUCCUACUCCCACUAAUAGCCUUCUGAUGACUCACAGCAAGCCUCGCCAACCUCGCUCUACCCCCUACUAUCAAUCUCCUAGGAGAACUAUUUGUACUAAUAGCCUCCUUCUCCUGAGCAAACACUACCAUCGCACUCACCGGACUUAACAUACUAAUUACAGCCCUGUACUCCCUUUAUAUAUUCAUCACAACACAACGAGGCACACUAACACACCACAUUAAAAACAUAAAACCCUCACUCACACGAGAAAACAUACUAAUAUUCAUACACCUCUUUCCCCUUCUCCUCCUAUCCCUCAACCCCAACAUCAUCACCGGCCCCACCCCCU